AUGAAGGGAGCACGGCGCUCAUCCAGCAGCAACAGGAGGCUCCUCGCGUCCUUCCUGAACGCGUGCAGGAAGCUCGCCGCCGCCCCGACGGCGGGCGAGUGGGCGCAGCUCCACGCCGGCGACGACGAGGCCGCCAUCCCGGUGGACGUGCCGAGGGGCCACACGGUGGUGUACGUCGGGGCGGAGCUGCGGCGGCACGUCGUCCGGGUGUCCUCCCUCGGCCACCCGCUGUUCCGGGAGCUGCUCGACGACCGCGCGCGGGAGGAGUACGCCUUCGCCGCCGACGACAGGCUCUGCCUGCCCUGCGACGAGGACAUCUUCCUCGCCGUGCUCUGCCACGUCGACUCCAAGCACGACUACUGCCGGAGGCUGGUACUAUGCAGCUGA